AUGAGUAUCUCCGCGCGCUUGCUGCGGCUGGCAAGACCCAAGCGAUUCCUUUACACCAUGAACCUCUCAACGGGUGCCAGCCUAAUAACGCUUUCUCUCCUUCUCAAUAAACUCGCCGGUCUCUACGGAAUCCUUGCUCUAUUGACGGGCUAUGAGCUGUCGCCAUUCCAGCUCAGCAUGUACAUUUACUCGCUUGUUGCAUUGGUCCUUACCGUCUACCUGGCGCCACACAUCCAAAAACAAUCACCUCUCCAGUGUCUCGCCCUCGCUUGGUUUUAUGUUCUCGACAGCAUAAUCAACGCAGCUUACACGGCUGCAUUCGCCGUAACCUGGUUUUUGGUUCUAGCACAGCACGACGCCGGUCAAACAGAAAAGAAGGGACUGGGGGCCUCCACAAUGGACCAAGCCAGUGGGUUUACCGACCCAAAAUACAAUGUCAGCAGGGUUGAGGUCGUGGCUACACCCCAAACCGAUCUCACCGGCGGUCAAGAUGCAGUUGCGGCCGGGGUUCCGGCCUCAGCCCCGGCAGGCAGCGGAAGCAAUGGAGCACUGCAGCAGGCUGUUCUCGGAGCGGAAAACAUGAACAGCAUCGGCAUCAUCAUCACACUGUGGACCGUUCGUGCAUACUUUUGCCUGAUCAUGCUCGCCUUUGCGCGCCUGGUUAUUCGCCAACAUAUCGCCGCGAAUGGCCUCAAGUCGAGUUCCUACUCGUCGGCCUCGCCCAACUCGAAUCUCGCAGAAAAUCCGUUCUCCGAAUCGAAACCUGAAGGUUAUGGCUGGAGUGGGAAAUUGGGUAGGCUUAUGGUUAGUAUUGGACGGAGCUACUGGUUAGGAAGUGAUGAGGAUGAUAGCUGGAUGUACAACAUGAAAUUCCGCAAGAGCACCGAGCUGGGAACCAUACUCGACAACAUCGAAUCCGGACCGACUGAGAGAGAGCGGCGGAGACGGUCAGGGACAGGCCCACCUGCUCCCGGUGCAGGAGUCGCAACGGGUAAAGAAGGCGGUGCAAUGACAUUGCAGGUCCCGACCCAGAAUAUCUGA